GUCGUUAACAAAACGGUGCAUUGAUUUGACAUUAGUAUAGCCUACAUGAGCACAAUAAAUUAAUGUUUUAGAAGUAGUGGGAAAAUAGGAAAGUUAAAAUCCCUUAAAUUGGAAAUGAUCUACCCAGUAGUUUCAGGGUGUUCAUCGCUGGGAUUAAAUACACCUGUGUUGGUUACCAGUAAUCAAGCCAGGGCACGAACAAUUACAUUGGAUAAAGUUACUGACAACGAACCCUGCAUCUUGCCCCCUGGGUUUUUAGGGCGAUAGCGUUUUUGGUAAGUCCAAUUUAGAAGUAUUAGGAUAAGACCUUAUAUCUACUCUAAUGUUCUUGCUGUUUGGCUCCAUCUCAUUAUUGUAUUCGGUUUGAUGUUAUUAGUUGGUAUUACUGUGGGGAUACCAACUGCGUAAUCUGCAGUAAGCGUCCCAAAUUCGGAAGGACCAAAGGCGUUUGGUUUGAAAGACGUUCAGUACACUUUUCUGGAAGACUCCUCCAGGCCAAUGCUCUCCUCUGCGCUGACGAGGGCACGGCGAUGUCGGGCCUCCCCCUUCGAGCUGGUGCUGCUGGGGGUCACCUCCUUCCUGGGGGUGCUGAUCAUGCUCCAGGGGAGCCUGCGGGGCGGGCCCCUGAGCCGGAAGGUCCGAGCUGAAUUCGGCAAACUGCCCGUCAGGCCUGCGGCCCCGGGGACUGCUCCAGGCAGCUGCCCCCCUGGGUUCUACAGCCCCGAGGCGCUCCGGCCGCACCUGAAGAGGCCCGUGCAGGACCCCGGGAGCCCGGGGGCCGACGGGCGGCCCUUCCCCCCGGCCCAGCUGUCGGGGCCGCAGCUGAGGGAGAAGCUGGACGGAAUGGCCCGGAACGACUUCAACCAGUUCGCCAGCGACCGCAUCUCCCUGCACCGCGGCCUGGGCUCGGACACGCGGCCCCCUGAGUGUGUGAAGCGUGUGUUUCCCCGAUGCCCCCCGCUGCCCACCACCAGCGUGAUCAUCGUCUUCCACAACGAGGCGUGGUCCGCCCUCCUGCGCACGGUGUACAGCGUGCUGCACACGGCCCCGGCCGUCCUCCUCACAGAGAUCCUCCUGGUGGACGACGCCAGUACUGCAGAUCACCUGAAAGGACCGCUGGAGGAGCACGUGCGGGGGCUGGAGGUGGUGCGGGUGAUUCGGCAGCCCGAGAGGAAGGGCCUGAUCCAGGCCCGGCUGCUGGGGGCCCGCCAGGCCAGGGGCCAAACGCUCACCUUCCUGGACGCCCACUGCGAAUGUUUCCCCGGCUGGCUGGAGCCCCUGCUGGCCCGGAUCGGAGAGGACCGCACCGUGGCCGUGAGCCCGGCGAUCCCCAUCAUCCAGCAGGACACGCUGGAGUUCUCCAGGCCCGCGGCCGACCGGCAGUCCUUCAUCCGCGGGAGCUUCGACUGGAGCCUCAACUUCAGCUGGGAGCCCAUCCCAGAGCAUCAGCGCAGGGCUCGCAAGGACGAGACCUUUCCCAUCAAGACUCCUGCCUUUGCUGGGGGUCUGUACUCCAUCUCCAAGUCCUACUUCAAUCAGAUCGGCACCUAUGACGACAAGAUGGAGAUAUGGGGAGGCGAGAAUGUGGAAAUGUCUUUCAGGGUGUGGCUGUGUGGCGGGAGGCUGGAGAUCAUCCCCUGCUCGGUGGUGGGGCACAUCUAUCGCAGGAAGAGCCCCCAUACCUUCCCCAACGGCACCGACGUCAUUAUCCGGAACCAGGUGCGCCUGGCCGAAGUCUGGAUGGACGAGUACAAGGAGCUUUUUUACCGGCGGAACAAAGUGGCAGGAGCCAUCGCCAGAGGGAAUAAGUUUGGUGACAUUUCCCAGCGCCUCAGACUACGUGAGAGUCUCCAUUGCAGAAACUUCUCCUGGUAUCUGGAAAACGUCUGUCCCGAAGUGUAUGUGCCAGAUCUCAUCCCUCUCAUGUACGGAAUGAUCAGGAAUGUUGGCUCAAAGACCUGUCUGGACGUGGGACAAGAUAAUCCAGCAGGGAAGCCAUUGAUCGUCUUCGCCUGCCACAGCAUGGGCGGAAAUCAGUACUUUGAGUACACCUCCAGAAAAGAGCUGAGGCACAACAUCAGAAAGCAGCUGUGUCUGCGCAGCGCCCCGGACCAAGAGCCUGUGCGUGUCCAAGAGUGCCAGCUGCAGGGUCCGGGGACCACCGUGUCCCCUGCUGAGGUUUGGGAAUUCGCCCAGACUCACCUCCUGAGAAACCCAUCCACUGGCAGCUGUUUGUCCCUGAUUGGCAAGCAGGUAGUAAUGGAUGCCUGCAAUCCAGCUGAGCCCUUCCAGCAAUGGGCCUUCCUCUGACCUGCCUGUGCCCGCAAGGGGUGGGAAUGGGCAGGGAAAGGCCAACAAGCCAUCAGACCAUGAACUGUGUGACGCACUCCCAAUUGUGGCCAAAUAAGGCAACUAAACGGAUGAUCAGAAUCACAGAUCCUUUCCUUCCGUAAUCUCAAAAAGCAUUGUAUUCCAUAAGAAGGUUUAAUAACGGUUAUGUCCAUGGGUGUUAAGAGUGCUGAAAAACAGCCCUGCAGUGGUUCUCUCCCUGCUCAUGGUUUCGCACUUCAAUAUUGUGUUUGCAGUGUAGAAUGACCCAAUAAAGAUUUGAAAUAAUUUGGGAAA